AUGACUCCAAUUUGCCAGCAAUCAUCGGUGCCUCCUGCGGCCUCUCCCUACCUUACCCCUGCCUCAAAGGAGAAGGGCGAUGCCGGUAUCUACGCGGCACUCGACGCCAUGCAACUGUCGCGUGCUCUGCAUGGCGUCACGAGCAGUCGACUAGAACAACAGCAGCUGGAGCAGGCGGCAGCAGCGCGCGGGACGUUACCUACUACUGGUGGCGACAGUGGUGUUACUCAGAGCAAUACCGUGCGGCUUGGGAUGGAGCCGGCUAGCUGCCAGCGUGGCACGCUGGCGGAGGUGCAGGCCGUGCACAACGCGGCUGUUGUGAAGGCUGUGCAGGCGGUCGACGGUGAUGCAGUCGCGGAGGCGGUGGAGCGCGGUGUCAGCGGGGCGGCGGCGACUGCAACCGCUGUCGGGCUGCCAGAUGAUGUGGCGACGCUGCGCAGUGUGCUGCCACUUGUGCACGAGCUGAAGCCUCACAAUCCGCUCAACUUUGAUGCAUUGCAGCGCCUUUUCGCCCUCAUGGAAGAAGCCGCCAUCGCUGCGGAAACGACUGAAGGGGCGGGAAGCGGCGGUAUCACAUCACUGCUGCUGGCAAACAGUGUGGUGGACCCGGCACGACAGCCGUCGCCAUCGACGGCAGCGUGGGAGGCCAAGUAUCAUGAAGUGCAUGCCCGCUACCCGCUUCCGGUCGCCCAUUCGCCCGUUUCUUCUGCGGGUUCGCACGAGUCCGACAGGGACGACGACGAUGUGCAGUCAGAGGUGGACACGCAGAACAACGCGGAGCUGCAGGAGCGCUGCGCGGCGCUCGGUAUCGCCUAUGAGACCCACGCUAACGCGGUGCGCGACGUUGCGUUCUACGAGAUGCGUGUGUUUCCUUUGCUCUGUGCCUACCUCAGCCACACCAACGAGCGCACCGCCGGCGGGCGUGAUGCUCCUACGGUGGCAGCGGUGGCGUGCUCGCGGGUGAAGGUGCUGGACCUCUCCUACAAUAACCUCGGUGCGCCGGUGGUGGCGACGCCCCUGGGUGAGGAUGCGGGCAGAGAUGAUACUGCGCCAGUGCGCUACCUAGCUCCACUGCGAGCCCUCGCGUCUAUGUUGGAUGCGAAUGAAUCCCUGCGGUACCUCAACCUGCGUGCUAACGCUCUUGGUCCACGCGGCAUUGGCAUCAUCGCCAAGGCACUGACGAAGAACAUCGCUCUCUGCGGCGUUGACCUCUCGGCAAACGCGCUGAACGUGUCGGCAGACACAGAAGAGGUCGAGGACCCGCUGUACGAGUCGGAGGACCCCGUCUUUGGGGAGCCGUACGAGGGCCUCGAGGCGCUGUCGGAGGUGCUCAAGAAGAACAAGUUUCUGCGCGUACUGCGGCUGGGUGAAAACGGCCUGCACGCUGGCGAGGACCUAAUGGCACCCCCGCCCGAGGAAGACGGCAUAGAGGCGGACGAGGAAGCUGCCGGAGGAGCACCAACACCCCACCCUGGGCUGUCCUUUGCUGCUGCGCAGGAGCAGUGGCAGGGCAUCCCGCUGUGGACGCUUCUCAGUCCACUCUACCGAUAUCAGCGCCUUCGUGUACUUGACCUCUCAAAGAACUUCCUGGGUAACGACGGUGUGCACAUGCUAGCGGUGGCGCUGUCGCACAACACGUCUGUGGAGGUGUUGGACUUGACGGACAACGCUAUCGGGUAUGCGGGUCUGGCCCACCUCGCCCGGUAUGUUCUGCGCAGGAGCGUGGCGGCCGGGGCCGCCUCGGCUACCGCCGCGCCGCAGAGUGCCCUUCACACGCUUAUCCUACGACAGAACCCGCUCGCGUGCGUCGGUGGUGCGGCAGACGCUGCUAGCGGUGUAGACACGCACCGUCGCCGUCUCACGAAGCGCCAACAGAAGUGUGCCUUAGCAGCUGUGCAGAGUUUUGCGUCUGCUAUGGAGGGGCCACGAGGCUUGCACUGCCUCAUCAUGGCGAACACCUACCUUGGACCGACUUUCAGCACUCUCGUGUUGCGCUCUCUCGCACGCGCAGAGGCGCUGGAGGAGCUGGACUUUUCGUACAACCACGCUUGCGGCAACUAUCCCUCCAACUUCGACGGCACUGCUGCCCAGGAGCUCGCCGCGUUGGUGUACCAGCUGCAGCGGCGCAGUCCACCGCAGUUGCGACGUGUGCGCUUCGACGGCAACAACUUGACCGCUACAGGCGUGACAGCGCUGCUUCCCUCUGAGGUGCAUGUGGCGUUGCCGCAGACGCUGCACGAGCUCACACUGAGUCGCAACAGUCUUGGGGACGAUCUUGGGUCGCUCAGCCAGCUUCUGGCUGCGGGGGCCACCACGAUUACUCACCUCGACAUCUCCUACAACAAUAUCUCUACCCUCACAUGUCUUCUGCCUGGUCUCGUUGCUGCAGGGGCGCUGAGGGAGCUGAAUGUGAGUCAUAACAGUCUAGGAGUUCAGGAAGGACUGCUAAGUGGGAUCACACCGGCGCAGCAAGAGGUAGAGGUUGCUCAGCUCUUCCAGUGCCUCGCGCAGCUGCCAAAUCUCGCGGUGCUCAACAUCAGUCACAACGACUGGCGUGUCGCGCACAUCGAGCAGCUCAGUGCUUUCUUCUCCAAUACUGCGUUGGCCACGGCACUGCGUAAACUCGACGUGCGCAACACUCCACGCGUCCCGACAGCGCAGCUCAUGACGUUGCUGCAGUACGUGGCGAGCCGGCCGACGAUGGAGGUGUUUAUGGCCACUGUUCUACCCGACAAGAGCGAGGGGGUGGACACGGCAGCUGCAGAUGCCAGCAGCACGAUGGGCCCAUGGUCGUUCGACGCUGUGCUGCAGGUGAUUCACGGAGUCGUAGCCAACAGCGACUCGCUUCUGGAGGUGGACUGCGGCCUUCUCUGGAGCGACGCGGGUGAGGCUAGCAGCAGCGGUGACGCGUCGGUAAACACUGCGGUGCUUGACGAAGCCCGCGAGAGGCUCCUUCUCAAUACCCUCAUGAAGGCGGCUGCGUCGUCGGGAGCGGGGCGAGCUUCGUGGGGAGGGGGGAGGGAAUGA